GCAACUAUGCUACCUGGAAAGCGUCGAAUCGUGAGAAGCGAGCCCGGAUGAGAGCCAUUCAGGAAGCCAAAAAGUAUGGGCGUCGGGGUGAAGAUGAGGAGCAAGUUGGUCAGAAUGCCAAACCUGCUGGUCCGGAGGCCAGUCGUGCUCUUGCACCGACUCCCGCUGCACCCGCGCAUCCUCCAUCCGAAGUAGUAACAAGCCAGGAGCCUCCCAGCAACGACGAAAUCGAUAAUGGUUUGGACGAGCCGACGACAGCAGGAUUUGAUUACUCCCAGAAUCUUGCGACUAGUCGUUACAACGUACAGGUCAGAAUAGGCCCCAACGGCGAAACAAUUGUGGAUGAAGAGUCGCUGUUCGUUGACCGCAAUGAAGAUGACGACACUGCCAAUUAUACGCAUGUUGAGGAGUCCGAUGCCACGAAAUUUGUCAACUCCGCCUCGUACAGCAAGAAGGUGAAGGGUUCGCGAUGGAGUGCUGAGGAGACCGAAUUAUUCUACGACGCCCUGUCUCAAUUUGGCGAGAACUACGAAAUGAUUUCUAUGCUUCUGCCAGGUCGGGACCGCAAAGCUUGUAAGAACAAGUUCAAGGCUGAGGAUAAGAAGAACCCGGCCAGGAUUAAUUAUUGUUUGACGCAUCGCGUUCCUUACGAUAUGCAGACGCUGUCUCGCCUGACAGGGAAAGAUUUCUCUGGGCCCACGCCAGAGAUACGAGCUCCUACGCCAUUGACUCUGGCUGAGACUGAAACGAACAACCAGUCGGAAACUGGUACGAAUAAUACAGUAAAAAGGAAGAGGAAGAGCAGCACGACACCCGGUAUCCCGAGUGACGGAGAGGAGGUCAUGGGGACUGUCGAAGACUACGAGCUCGAGGAGCAGACGCUGUUCGGCUCUCCUACCGCAGAACUUGCAGGUACUGUGGAGACUCAUUAG